AUGGAGAACGUUGGAUACCGUCACGCCUUACGUAGGGAUAUAGAUAUAAGACGAAGACAUCACGAUUUGAAAGGUGAAAAACUUUGUAUGGAAAUUCAAUACCUUUCAGAUCAGCAACAAAAAAUCCAGCUAAAAACUUUUACCAACUGGAUCAACCAUACUCUUAAAAAGAAUGGUUCCAGUAGAAGAGUGACAGAUCUACUAGAAGAGGUUAAAGAUGGAGUUAUAUUAUUAGAGAUAAUACAAAUACUGACCAAAGAAAAAGUGACAAAAGGGAGACCAAGUUCAACGAAAAGACCGUUACAGAUUAACAAUGUUUCUACAGCUUUAGAUUUCCUUAGUACAAAGGGG